UAUUUUGCUUCUGAGCUCAGCAGGGGAUUGAAAAUCCCGAAAAUCCUCUUUGGGAGCAAACUUAACCCAUCCUCGAGCCUCCAAUCCCCAGCAGAAGUCAUGGUGAUCAAGCUGCUCAUCAAAUCCGGGCUGGUGUACGGAGCCGUGAAGUACAGCGUUGACCAGGGCGUCUGGGCGUCCAGCACGAAGACGACAGCCUUGUACAAUGACGUGGGAGAGAGUUUGAGGCCUCACUGGCAGGGCGUGAGGCAGAAAGUACCGGUGGAACUGCCUCUGCUACCGUCAUCCGGCGAGGCGUGCUUCGUGGUGAAGUAUUACUGGAACCAGGGCGUGAAAGCCAGCUUCAACUUCAUCCAUCGGUUUCCCUGCUACGUCGGCCAGUGGACGAAGAAAGCCAAGGAUGCCGUCGGAGGCGCUCUGUCGUCCUUCGAGGAGGCGCCAGCGGUCAAGGACAAGUAGCCUGAAUCCGCGCAGUAGCUCGAUUAAAUGCUCUUAAGGAGGA